AUGAAUACAUAAGAUAUUAAAUUAGAAACUGAUUAACAUCAAAAAAACUAUUAAAUUUAAAAAUUUUAUUAAAUAUGGGAUUCAGGGAAUCAAACAUAUUGCAAAGGAUUAAUAUUUUCAGGAUCUGAAAAUAAAAAGUUUUGGCUUUCUUUUUUCCUUACAAAUAUACCAGCAAUAAUUAACUAUGUUUUUACGUUUACUUACUUAGCUGAUAAUAAUUUAUAUGUAGGAAUAGUACUUCAUGUAAUAGCCCAUUUGAAUACAAACAUAUUUAUGUUUCUUGUUAACUUAUCUGAUCCUGGUAUUAUUCCAAGAAUAUUUAAUAAAAUAGAAACUGAUAGAGAUUUUAUUUAAAUACCAGUAAGGGAAUGUAUAAAAAAUGGCUACUAUAGAACUCAUCCUUUACUAUAAUUAUUUUAAAAUAAAUCACAUUUUUUAAAAUUAAAAUAUUGCACAACAUGUUGUAUAUGGAGGCCUCCCAGAUGUUCACAUUGCCCAUGCUGUGAUAAUUGUAUUGAAAGAUUUGAUCAUCAUUGUCCUUGGUUAGGAACAUGUGUAGGCAAAAGAAACUAUAAGUAUUUUUUAUUUUUUUAUAUAAUAUUUAAAAAAAAAUGGAUAUAAUAAUUAGAUUUAUAUAAAUAUAUAUAUUUUUUAUUAAAUAAUAAAUGUAAGUUUAGUAUAUUUUUUUAAAAAAAGUUUUCUUUGUUUAUAUUUACAUUAUACAGCUUCCAUAAUUAUCUUAUCUUUAAUAAUGUUACAACAAAUGAAUAUAUAAGAAAAAGCUGGAAAAUUAUAAGCAGAAAUCCUCAUUCAAAGUAUUUAUUGAAAUAUUUUUUUUUUUAAUAUUAACUAUUAUAAAUAGAAAUAAUAUUUUCCAAAAUAUAGUAAAUGUUAUCUGUAGAGUAUAUGUACCUAGCUUUAUUAAACUUUAAUAUGAUAUAUAUUUAAUAGUAUAUUUAUAUAUUCAUAAUAUUUUUUAAAUAUUAAGCGUAUUUUUUUAAUUAAAAAGGAAAAUUCUGA